UAUUUAAGGCUCGCACCCGCGAGGCUGCGGAGAUACUUCGGGCAGCCGCGACUUAAGCCUGGCCACUCGAAUUUGCUCUUUGGGUUAUUUCGUUUUCCUCUCUCCCUUCUCCCCCUUUUAGCAUCCCUUUUGCGCUGCGCUCUCGCGGUCUCUCUCAGCCUUUCUGCCUGGAACUGAAUCUAGGUGGCAAACAGGUCGGCGUGCGGAAAAACACUGAAUAGGUAGAAAUAAGGCAAACUAACAGAGACGCAACAGGUCGGGUGCUCGGUGGCGAGGGCGAGCGGCGGCCCCUCGCUGCGCCUCUCGCGCUGUUCCUCGGACCCUGGGCGGCAGCUCUCGAGGACCCCUUCCGAGGUGUCCGUCUUCUGAGGGGCCAGGAGGGCCAGCCGGGAGGGUUUCAUUCCGGUUUUUACCUUUUUGCCACCAGUCCUCGGGACUGAGGGUGCUUUUCACUCCCAGCUGGGCGGAGAGAAGAAAGCGGAGAGGAUGGUCCACGGCUGCUGGUCUCGGCGCUGAGGAAAGCGGAGCUCCAUCUCCGCGCCCCGGCUCCAUCUCCGCCAAAUAGUUGUGCAGCCACCCAGACUGAACUUUGGAGGAAUCGUCCCCUUUCUUUCCUUUCAAGAUUCUUGGAAGUGGUAGAGAGUGGGAGGCGAAGCCGAGGCAACUGAUCCCUCCACGAUGCUGGUGAAGAAGCAUGCAGGGAAAGGUGGGGGUCGGGAACCAGGCUCUGAGGACCAGAGCCCCGCCGGGCAGCGUUGUGCCUGGACCGUGCCCCCGUGCACCGCCCUGGCGGCCCUUCUGUCAGUGGUGGCUGUGAUGUCUUGUCUGUACCUGGGGGUGAAAACCAACGACCUCCAGGCGAGGAUCGCUGCUCUGGAAUCCGCAAAAGGGGACCCUUCCAUCCAUUUGCUUCCCGAUGGCCUGGAUCAGCUCAAAGCAAUGGUGCAAGAGAAAGUGGAGCGACUUCUGGCUCAGAAAUCCUACGAACAUAUGGCUAAAAUAAGAAUUGCGAGAGAAGCACCUUCAGAGUGCAACUGCCCAGCAGGCCCUCCAGGGAAACGAGGUAAGAGGGGCCGAAGAGGAGAAUCUGGUCCUCCCGGUCAACCUGGUCCUCACGGCCCUCCUGGUCCAAAAGGUGAUAAGGGAGAACAAGGUGAUCAGGGACCUCGGGGUCUACCAGGCUUCCCCACAGUUGCUGCUCUGCACAGUAAUCAGAUCCUCACCGUCAAGGGUGACCAAGGACAGGCUGGGCCUCCAGGACCCCCAGGGCCCCCUGGCCCAAGAGGGCCUCCAGGGGACACAGGGAAAGAUGGCCCCCGUGGAAUGCCAGGAGUGCCCGGUGAACCAGGGAAACCAGGAGAACAAGGCUUGAUGGGUCCUCUGGGGCCUCCAGGACAAAAGGGUUCUGUUGGAGUACCUGGAAUUCCAGGGGUGAAUGGUCAAAAGGGUGAGCCCGGGUUGCCUGGAACAGUAGGACAAAACGGAAUACCAGGGCCAAAGGGAGAACCUGGAGAUCAAGGCGAAAAGGGAGAAGCUGGAGAGAAUGGCCCCAAAGGUGACACAGGCGAAAAGGGUGACCCUGGAUCAUCUGCUGCAGGAAUUAAGGGGGAACCUGGAGAAUCUGGUCGUCCAGGGCAAAAGGGUGAACCAGGGCUUCCUGGGCUUCCUGGACUUCCGGGGAUAAAGGGAGAACCAGGUUUCAUUGGUCCUCAAGGAGAACCAGGUUUACCAGGGUUACCAGGAACAAAGGGUGAACGUGGGGUGGCAGGGCCUCCUGGAAGAGGUGAGCGAGGGGAGCCUGGAGCCCCUGGACCAAAGGGAGAACCAGGAUCUCCAGGAAUCCCAGGAGUUGAUGGAGAGCAGGGACUUAAAGGCUCAAAGGGAGACGUGGGGGACCCAGGUAUGCCAGGUGAAAAAGGAGGAAUUGGACUUCCUGGAUUACCGGGUGCCAAUGGAAUGAAAGGAGAAAAAGGAGACUCCGGAUUGCCAGGUCCUCAGGGUCCUUCUAUCAUAGGCCCACCAGGCCCACCAGGCCCCCAUGGCCCACCAGGCCCCAUGGGACCCCAUGGACUUCCUGGACCAAAGGGUGAACCAGGGUUAAAUGGUGUUAAAGGAUUGAAGGGUGAACCAGGUCAAAAGGGUGACAGAGGACCCCUUGGUCUUCCAGGAGCAUCUGGCUUAGACGGAAAGCCAGGAUCCCGGGGUACAGAUGGCCCUAUGGGACCCCAUGGCCCCGCAGGUCCCAAAGGAGAAAGAGGUGAAAAAGGAGCUGUGGGAGAACCCGGACCCAGAGGACCCUACGGUCUGCCUGGCUUCCCUGGUCCACGAGGCGAGAAGGGUGAUGUAGGAGAAAAGGGAGAAAAGGGAUUCCGUGGCGUUAAGGGGGAAAAAGGGGAGCCAGGCCAGCCUGGCCUGGAUGGGCUGGAUGCCCCUUGCCAAUUGGGGCCAGAUGGAUUACCCAUGCCCGGCUGUUGGCAAAAGUGAGGAAUCUAACCUUCCGAGCAUGAAGUUGUAUAUAUAAGGGUCCACUUUUUAUAUUUAGAGUUGAAAAUCGAAUUGCAGAUUUUACAAGUCUGAGAUAUGUUUACAUAUAGCUGCUUCUUCCUGUUUGCAGUAGUACACAUGUCCAUCUUUUCUCCACUUACAUCUGAAAUUGGGCAAUAUGUGAAACCAGUGAGAAGCCUGCAAAAAAAAUAUAAAUCAGUAUCUCUUUAUCUUAUGUGAAGAUAUGUAUUUAAAUGGACACAUCAGUGAUACAGAAUGAUUGUUCUUGCUCUUUUCUGACUUUGGGCUUGUUAAUUGCAUGGACAAAAAGUGCCAUGAAAUAGUUUACAUGAAAUUGUGACCAAAUAUGGACUCAAAACUAUGAAAAUGUACUAUACAAACUAACUGAUUUUAAAGUUUAUCAUCGCAUCCCUACUCACCUUCACUGUUAGCAUUGAUUUGUGCCCACACCACCCACUGAAACUGACUAAAAAAGCAUGACCGUGUGCCAAGCCUGCUUGUCAUUCAGAUGCUAGCAUGCCGCUUAAUGAGUCCUUUGAUCACAUCUGAGCUUUUAUUUCUUUUGUCAUCUCAAGGGGGUUACACCAUGGCUUAUUGCCAAAAAGAGAUAAGGUGGCGGAGCGCAUACACACAAAUGGUCUUGUAUUUUGAGGGAGUUGCAGUCCCAACUGCAGACCUCCAACUUCCAGUAUUGCGGGCUCACAUGGCCACCUUGGUUGAAAUAUCAAGGGGUUGAGCUGGUUGCCGCCACUAUUUUUCCCUGGGCUGCCCUUGACAGUGAAGAUAAGGGAAGAGGACUGGUUCGGCAUCCUGCACUGUCUCUCCUGUGACCAAGUAGGAAAGAGGUUUACACAUGCGGGCACCCAGAACAACAGACUUUAAAAAAAAAACAAAACUGUAUUCCAACAAGUGUUAAUAUGGGUGCUUUUGGAAACUGACAGGGGCAUAUAGCACUUCUUUUGGGUAGGAGAUUCUUGGAAUGGCAGCCCCUGUUCCACAGACAAAGGAUGCGUACAUCCCACCAAAGAGAAGGGGUACCACUCCUGAGAAUAGGUCGGCUGAAAUAUCCUCUUCUGAAAUUGUAGGGGAGCUCACCCUACAACCUCUAUUGAAGCUGAUGCUCUCCUUCCUUCCAAGAUCCAACCCAUUUCAAACAUUUUCUACAAAGUUCUAGAAACAGAAAGAUAUUUUUCAUUCUUUUUUUAUGCUUUUCUUUUCUAGUCCCGGGGAAUAUUAAGAAAAGAUUUGUUUCAGUUUUUGUCACAUUUGUUUUGAACAAUUUUUUUUAAAGUCUUCAAAUCCUAAUAACUUGGUAGCAAUAGUCAAGAUGACUUUUUACAAACUUCUCUCUUGUUCUGAAUAAUCGAAGAGACUAUAAAAGAAACUCCACUCUCAGUUCAAAGUUAAGCAAUUUCUUGAGUACUUUUUGACUUUUUUUUCAUAUGAUGACUGUAACUUACAUAGUGAUCAUCAGUUAAGUCAAGAUUUGGUCACAUUUGAUAGUAUUAACUCUUUUCUAUUUCUUAUCAUUCUAUUUAGAUCUAAGUUUUGUCCAUAUUUAGAUUUCUUUAUCUUUUUUUACAUUUCUAAAUGUUUGUCUUAUGCACAGACCAAAUCUGUGUGUCAGAAAGCUGUGAAAUAUAGUUGCCAUAGAGUAUUUUUUCAUCUAUUUGCUCAAAACUUACUUAAUUGUAUUAGACUGAGCAUUUCUUUGCACAGUAAAGAGUUGGUAAUGUUUUGAAAUGCUUAUUCUGAGUGGAAGGGUUACAUUAGGAGAAACACCAUCAAAGAGGAGUAGUCUCUCUUUCAGCCCAUAGGACAAUAUACUUUCUCUCCUGACUUAAUGCCAUUUUGUGGGAAAAUUUCUAGUUCCAUUCAUAAAUUUUCACCAUUAGAGGGGAAAUUAGCUCAUCACUGGCUUGUGGUGACAACAGUUAAGAUAUGACUAUAAGACAAAGAUCCUAAGAUGCUUGUGAUCUCUUUCAUAUUGUUUAACCAAAUGUUCAAUUAUACAAAAUGCCUUCUUUUUAUUUCUAAUAAGUUUUUGAGAUUGGAAAGAUGUCCAAAUUAUUAGAUCAAUCUAAUUGGUAACAUUUCUAGUAACAUUCCACACUUGAAGCCAGUUCAGCAUUUUUAAAAUGAUAGAGAGCCUUCCUUUUCCAACCAUCUCUUGUUUCACAUGGUUAGGAAAAAGUAUUGUUCAAUGUCUGAAACAAUUUGUCUUACAUGGUUUGGAAACAUGAACCAAAGCAGGUAGAACUACUGUCUCUUCAGGAAAACAAACAGCAGUGUCUUGAAAAAAAUCUGGUGGCUAUAUUUCUUUCUAUCUUUCUUUCUACUCCUCUAGUAGAAAGAGGUAUUGAGAUGAAUCACUAUUGAAAACUUGCGCAACUUCAAAACAAAAUACCUCAACAUCAAAGAGAAACACUUUAUACACACACACAAAAAUUUUUUUGAACAUAGCCCUUUACGAAUACUCUUCUGUCCUAUGUGUAUACUGGGUUUUUUGCUCUACAACUGAUACGACAACAUUGAUUUUUAUUCUAUGAGCAAAGGAAGCUGUAGACUCCUGUUACAUUUAUUUCCUUGGGAAAAACAAAGAGAUGAUAGUACUUCUCUUUGUUCAGUGGAAUUAUUAGGUCUUAACCACCAUGGAUAAUCUUAAACUUUUGGUUACUAAAAUAUUUCCAGCCAUCUAUUUUGUCAUCAAUAUAGAGAAUCCUCAAAUAAUUGCUGAAUGAACUAAUAACUUAUGUCUGCUGCUAUAUGUGUUGGCAGAUAUCUGUUUUUCUUCAAGAUUUCAACCCUUAAUUUGUAUUAUUGGGUAGAGGAUUGAGAAAAAAAUACAUGAAAGACACAUUGGAAAUAAGUCAAGAGCUACUUCUAUUUCUGAUAAGCAUCUUUUAAGGAUGCCAAAUUGGUAUGUGUUUUAGCUUUACAAUUGUUUUCCAUUCAUGUUGGUGCUAAUGCAUUUUUUUUCUUUAUGAACAAUGCAACUCUACUAUGGAUAAUUUCAUUUUUCUGCUUAAUAGCAUUCCUAAACUGUUAGUGUGUGAUUUUAUUUUUCAAGUUCAUGAAUUUGCUAUAAUAUGGUUCAAUGACCAGUCUUUCCUAAUGUAAAACAAAACAGUGUACCUAUAGAUGAUGUGUGUUUACUUGGAUCAUGGAUCCUUUUAUUUCAUGUUCAUUUCAUGUACCAUAUGCCUUUAUCAACUUUCUUCCUCAUAUUUUAGCUUAUUUCAUUUGAUUAAGUCUGACAAAACCAAUGUUAGAGAAGUCUAACACAUCCAUAGAGUACCUGACACACAAAUAUGCCCCAAUUUUUUUUUCUAGCUUUCAUUUUCAUUAUGAGAAGUUGUCUUGGAGGAUUUUUCUUUCUUGUUUGAUUUUAUAGAAAACAUAAGAAUAUCUAGGAUUUCUACCAAAAACAAAAAAGUCUGUUCUUGAAUUUACUUUCUGUGCAUGAUGUUCUGAUGGGACAGUAAGAACGUAUGCAUCUGUAGUUCAUGUUACAGGUCCUCUGUCUACAAUGCAUACAUAUAUCUGCUAGUUUGGAAAAUGGUCAGAACAGCGUUCAAGACCUAUGGAAAAAUUGUCCAGUAUCUUAUGUUUUUAUCACUUAAAAAGUGUGCUUAAUUUUCCAAUUUUUUUUUAUGUUACUAUUGUACCAUAAAAAGCUAAUACUGCUUUUCAUCCUUUUUUUUUUUUUUUUGGCACUAUAUAUAUUAUCUUACCCAGAAAUAAGUUAUGCUUGAAUGGUGGGUGGUGUUUUAAUCUUUUAAUAAGCAAUCAUAGGAACAUGCAAAGAUUGAUAUUUGAAAUCUUGUUUUUCUCUUUCUUCAUAACGAAGUUACAUUAAUAAUUAAUGUUACUAAAGUGAACUUUUUAAAUUUCUACCAAAACAAACAAAAAAAACUCUGCUGUCUCUGAAAAAUCAAGUCCAUAGCAAUCUAAUCUUAUGUUCUCAAAAAUAAUAAUUAAGAAUAAGCACAUAUGAUUCUGGCAAUUAAAAAAUCAUUUCUAGUGGAAUUAACAUACCUAAAAUUAUUUUAAAAUGUGAGGACCUUCCAUCCCUACUUUUUCCCACUUUUUGGAUAUAUUUUCAUAUUGGCUAGAUUUACUUUAUGCCAUAGCAGAGAUAAGCUUCCAACUUAAACUUUUGGUGGAUUUUGUUUUGCUAAUCCAAUACUGAAACAUUUUAAUGGCAUUUCUGAUUUUUUAAAUGUGUUUAAUGCAUAAGAUUCCCUAUGCUGCUUUAUUGACAGAACUGUCCUUGGGGGAAUAGGAAGACUUUUUCAACCUGACCUGUUAUGUUUGAUUUAUCAAUAAAUUACUAACAUUUCUCAAAAUGUGGUAGAUAUUCUCACGUAUUUUAGAAAUAUUAAUAAAUUGGAUUCACAAAAGAAUGUCUUACCUAUUGUUGACAUUUAUGUGAAUAUUCUUUAUACUGUUGUAAAUGUUUCAUGCAACCUAAUAACAUUUUAAAAAGAUGUAUGUAUCUGAUUUUCCAUUAGAAAAUAUUAUAUUUUUAUUUGUAUUUUUUACAUUUUAAAGUUCAUCUCUACGUGCAGCUAUUUUUAUAUUGCCAAAAAAUCACAUAAAUACAAAAUGAGGAAAAUGAAAAAAAAAAAUUUGGCAAGCAUUACACUGCAUAUUUUUCUUAACGUUUUGUGGGCCAGUCUCAUGUAAUUGAUUAUUCUAAGAAUGUGUUGUGUCUUAUCACUGUAAAUAUGGCACAAACCUGAUUUUCUCAAUAGUGUACAUAAUUGAAAGAUUGAAUUCUCCCUGUUUGACUUCUUAUUUCAAUUUCGUUAUAAUUUCUCCAGCUGACAGUGCUGAAUCAAAAGACGUGCGGUUUUUGAUGUGCAGUUUGGAGAUAUUUGCAUUGUGUUCAGUUUCUAAUUUGUUUUUAUUUGCUUUUUUAACUUGUUUUCAGGGUUCCUAGUUUGUGAGAAGUUGAUCUUCAGAAUUAUUUUUACACUAUUUAUGACUUAUUUUCAUAAUGUAAAAAGUGUGUAAUUAUUACAAUAUUAAUCCAAACUAUGGUAAUGAAUUGUAUUGUUAUAAAGCUUUAUUGAUGUUCAUGAACACCUGGGCCUGUUUUCUCUGAUUUAAACACAGUCCAUAAAAAAUUUUGUUCUAUUCUUCUACCAUCCUGUAAUGUCACUGUUCAACUUAGUGCACAUAACUAGCUAUGGUGAUUUUCUAUUAAAACAACAACAAUUACAACAACAA